AUGGCCGCGCUCUCGAGCUUGACUGGCGAUCCUUCCGCCAUCGAGAAGGCUAUGGAGAAAGCGCGUUUAGCGAUGGAGACGACUCUCGCGGAUGCCAAGCUCGUGCACGCAAAGUUUGCGGCCAUUGAGAUGAUGGCCCAAGCCCGGGAGGCCUUGAAGAAGGCAGGCGCUACCCAAGAAGAAAUCGAUAUGGUUGCGCCGCUCACUAUGGAGAUUUAA